ACCGAGAACAAUCUUCUGUAGCGAAGAUCAAAUUAAAUAUGAAUGAAUUAAAGUAGUUGAGGUGCUUGAGUAAAACUGUAACUUCACACGUUACUUUUUGAUUUACGUCUGACCAGUUCUCAUUUUUUUUUAAAUCACUAAUUUUGUUUCUUUUACUUCAUAUCGUUAAGUCACUGAUUUUAUUUCUUUGCCAAGUAGUGGUGGUGUAGGAAGGAGGGGCGCUACCCAAGUCAAGUGUCAAGUAGCACGGCUCAGGCCCAGAAGCAUUCUUAGUUUAGUAAGUUUAGUAAUCUUAAGUCUUAAGUAGUUAUUAGUAAUAUUAGUUCUUUAAUUUUUUUUUAAAUAUUUGGAAGUAUAAGUAGGCUUAGUCUUUAAGUUACCGUACUUAAAGUUACUAUAAUAAUUUAAAUUUUAUAUAUAAUUUAUAUGGACUAUGAAAAUGAAGGGGUGGGAGUGGGAGUUUUUGGUCAUGAAAGUGGGGAGGGUAAUCUUGCCCCAUCCAGCACUAACCUAGCUAAAUAUAAUAUUUAUAAUAUAAAUAGACUAUAAUAGACCUACUCAUUUAUCAUUUACAUUAUUUUUUAUAGUUUAAUUUUAACUUUAUACUAUUUAUAGUAAGUUAGGAACUGUCUACUAAGUUAACUGAAUCUAUUAUUAUUAAGUAUAUAACUUAUUGUUAUAAGUCUAUUAUAUUAUUAUAUAAUGUUGAGAAAGGAUGCCAUGAUUGGCCGCCAUCUUGGUUGACAAGACCAGUUAAUUCUGUCACUAAAUCUAAGUAAAUGUAUCCUUAAACCUAACUUGAACCCUAAAUGUACCCCUAAACCUAACCUGAACCCUAAUUCAAAGCAACUUUAACUUUAAUAAACACGCAAAAGACGUCUUGGCAUCCUUUUCCAGCAUUAGCCAACUUGACUUAUAACUAACUAAUAUAGUCAAUGUCAAUAAGGGGUCUACUUCCUCUUAUGCCUAUGCUUGCUUACUACUUACUUAGUCUAAAGUCUAAUGAGUAGGCUCAGUAGGCCUAUAUUCAUAGACUAUUCUACACAUAAAAUAAAGUUUCGUUAACUAUCUAUAUUAUAUAGGCAUAGGGCCAGGCCUAAAAAUAUUAUAUUAAUACUAUAUUUAUAUAUUAUUUAAUUUAGCCUACCCUGCCAAAAAAAAAUAAUCAUAAUUAUAAUCAUAGUCUUGACGGUACAAAUAAUUUUAGGCCUUCUAUACUAUUUGUUAGCUAGGCCUAUAACAAUCUAUAGUUAGGUUAUGGAAUAUAUAAACUAUAAAAUUAGUGCCAGAAAAUGGGAGUAAAAGUAGUACCUCCACCCCCACCCUUUUAUUCCCCCAGUCACACCUACUCCCUUUCCUUUGAUUUGAUCCAAUUGAUGCUUCUCAUUUGUUAAAGAAUGUGACUGAAUGUGAAGCUAGUCAUUGUCAUAAAUUAUUAUAAUAUAUUGUUAUAUGGCGUACUGAUAGUUGUGUAGUAUUAGUAAGUCUGCAUCAUGUACUAAAAUUAAAAGUCAAAUUUGAGGAGACAUAAUUAGUUAAGAAAUAAAGAUUUGAUUUAGCCCUAAUAUGAAAUGAUUACCAAUGAUUAUGUGAUGUUGAAAAAUAUGCUUCUUAAAAAAGAAAAGAAUGAAAAACUUCUCAUAAGACUUAGUAAUAUUGAUUUUCUUUAGUUUCUAAAAGAUGAAUAAGUAAUUAAAGUGUUUUCUUAAAAUCAGCUCCUCUUUUAAAAAUAACAAAGUUUCUAAUUUACAUGCAAAAAUAUAGGUAAUCAUGGCUUUUAAAUGCUUUUCUCUUUAGAAUAUACAAAAAGAAAUUUUUCAAUCUCUACCAAAGAAUAUCAGGGAUAAUCCAACAUGAAGUCAAGAUAUAAAAAAGCAAAACGUAUUUUGACCUUUUACUACACACAUUUUGGAUUAAAGCCACCCUACUUUGUUCUUGUAAGUAUAUUUUAAUUUAAGAUUCUGAAUAUUUAAGAGCCAUUCAUUCUCCAUUCACCAUACAGUCAACAGAGGUAUUAAACUAAAUUAAUUUUUAUUUUAUUCCUGAACUGUGUUAAUUUUUUUCUGUCAUUCUAUUUUUAUUUCUCCAAUGCAAAAGUUAAAAUAUCCUGAAAAUACUCUGCUUUACUACCAAGAUUGUUUUUUUUUUUUUUUUUAAGUGUUGUAUAUAAAAACACAAGAAUGUAGGAAAGGGUAACAAUUUAGAAUCUCUCUUGUUUAUUAAGUCUACAGUAUAUAAAAUAUAAUCAAUUACAAAUUGCAUUAUAAAAAAAAUAAAUUUCAGGUGUGUGGUACAUUUUGUAAACAAGCGCUGAUGGACAAAAUAAAUAUUGCAGAACAGCUCCCAAAAUAUCUGAAUGGGGAGGUGAAGUUGGUCACAACAAAGUGUGCUUUAAAAGAAUGUGAACUGGGAGGUGGGUUAUCAUUAAAUAAUAUUUCAUUUUCUGUCUGUUGAAUUAGCUGUAAAUUUUAAAAAUUCUAAACAGAACAAAAUAAUUUUACUUUGGUUAAAAUAUCAAGAGUUAUACAUUUUUGACCCUCUGACUCAGAAUAACAUAUUAAAAAAACAUUUGGAAAUUAAAAUGAGUUGGCAACAGAUAUGGUAAAUAAAUAUGGUAUAAUAUCAUAUGUUCAGCAAAAAAUUUCAGUAAAUAAGAAUCCAGAUGUGGGGAAAAUCUCAACAUUUUUACAUGAAAAUCUACAGCACAUAAGGAGUUAACCUCAACAGUAGAAAGCUCUUUAAUCCAAGAGAUUUUUUCUGCAAUGAAGUGUUAAAUUAUUUAAAAGAACAUCCGGAACCUUGGAGGUGGGAGGGGGCACAGUUCUUAUUUACAUAGUUACUUUAAAAACAUUACCAAAGCCUUCCAUUAAAAAUUGUAUUAUUUGAUAAAAUCAUCAUUCAUGAAUUAAAAACAUUACUGAAGCCUUCCUCCAUUAAUAAAUUGGGGGUGGGGUUGUAUGUGUGUGUUGUUUGAGAGGGAGUCCCCAAUUUUUUUAAAGUGAUUCUCUAUUAUGGGUUUAGUUUCUUUUAACAUGACUAUUUCUGAAAGGCAUAAGUGUUGUUACACAAAGGUGAAGUAAAGUAUUAAUGCUUUAAAAUUAUUCAAAUGAUUAGUCAAAUGAUAAAUUUUCAAAGCUAUGCCAUUAAAUUGUUAAUUCCUUACGUCUUUUAAACAGGGUCUCUGCUAUAUGGUCCCUUUAAAGUUCUCAGUCAGUAUGAUGUCAUUGAUUGCCCUCAUGCUUGGUUCAAAGGCAGUGUCAAAUGUUUGAAACGGGCUGCCCUUAAAGAUAAGAGCAGAAUUAUAGUUGCUACGCAGGUAUGGCAUAAUGACAUUGUUUCACCUCUAUUACAUAAUACUUCAUGGAAUGGGGGUAGCACUUUUGUAUGUUUUAUGUGCAUGACCCAUUCAUUUAAUUUUGUUUGGAUACACCAGUGGUUCCUAAAAAAAAAUUAUUUUAGCACUUGCCAAAUUUAGGUUUUCACAAGGUGCACUAUAUCAAAUUUUAACAAAUACACUACUUUGAGAUACUGAUUACAUAUUUAUUAAACAAAGGGUUGCCCCUUUCAUAUAUAAUGAGGCACCUACAGGCGACAAGAUGCCCAUUUUGGGAACCACUGGGCUCUUAAGAAGGCUAUUGCAUGAUGCAUUUUCUAGAAUUUCUUUUCUGGAGGGUUUCAACUUUCUCUUUAUAAAUAAACCGGCAGCUUUCUCAGCUGGGAGAGAUUUUUGCUAAUUUUCCUAGAUGUGUAGGAGAUGUGAUAGUUAUAGAAUUUAGACUCUGAGGUCAUUGACUCCAUCUAUUUAUUAAUUUUAAAGUAAGGUGUGUGGUGGUGGUGGGGGGGGGGGAAUUGGAUAAUUUAAAAGCUAUAACCUUCAACCAGUAAAAAUACAAUUUUUUUUUUUUAAAAUGCAGGAUGAAGAAUUAGCAAGCAGUCUACGAGAACACAAUGUCCCCCUUCUACAUAUAUCCCACAAUUCAAUUAAUCUUGAAGCUCCAUCUGACGUUUCAAAAAAAAUUUCGGAAGAAAAAACCACGCAAAAACUUUCUCUAUCACAAAAACAAGAAGCAGCAAUUGCAAAGCUCAAGCAAGAAAUGAACUUACCUGCAGAUCCAGAAUUUAAAAAGAAGAAGAAGAAAAAGAAAGAGCCUAAUCCUUUGUCUUGUAAAAAGUCAAAACGCAAGCAAGUGUCAAAUAGUGUCUCUGGCUGUGGAGUGGUUAAAGGGAAAAGAAGAAGGAAAAAGAAGAUUGUUCGCCUUCCUAGUCACAUAAAACAAGAACUUCUAAGUUUGAAAAGUGAUUGAUGUUAAUGUUAUUGAAGUGUGAAAGACAUGUUAUUUUAUAAAUAAAAUAAAUUGUUAAAUAUCUAUUCUAUAACUAUUAGUUACUUUAUUUCUUUUCCCCACAUAUGACGUU